AGGACUGCUUGGAGCAUAGACAUGCAGAACUACACUUCCAUGGAGGGGUUCACCCUGUUGGGAAUUCCUAACACUGGAGGGCUGGAGAACAUGCUGUUUGUCCUGUUUUUGGCCUUCUAUCUCUUCACCUUGCUGGGAAACCUGCUCAUCUUCCUCACCAUUCUGGUUUCUUCCAACCUCCAGACCCCCAUGUAUUCCUUCCUGGGGAACCUGUCAGUGUUUGACAUAUUUUUCCCUUCAGUGAGUUCCCCCAAGAUGAUGCUCUACUUAAUGGGGCAAAGCCGGACCAUCUCUUACCAGGGCUGUGCCUCCCAGGUGUUCUUUUACCACUUCCUGGGUGGUACUGAGUGUUUCCUCUACACCGUGAUGGUCUAUGACCGCUUUGUUGCUAUUUGUCACCCUUUGCAGUACAUGGUUAUCAUGAACCACAAGGUGUGUACCCGCUUGAUAGUGGGCACUUGGCUGGGUGGCUGCCUGCAUGGAAGUAUCCUCACAUUUCUUGUCUUUAGGUUACCCUACUGUGGCCCCAAUGAGGUGGACAAUUUCUUCUGCGAUAUCCCGGUGGUGCUGCCCCUGGCCUGUGCAGACACCUCUCUAGCUCAGACAGUGAGUUUCACUAAUGUGGAUGUUGUGACUCUUACAUGCUUUUUUCUUAUCCUUACUUCCUAUGGCCAUAUCAUCCUUUCCAUACUGAAAAUCAACUCCUGCGAAGGCAGGCGCCAGGCAUUUUCAACCUGCAGUGCCCACCUGAUUUCAAUCCUCUUGUUCUAUGGGCCUGUGAUGCUUAUCUAUCUCUGGCCUGCUUCCAGCCCUUGGCUAGACUCUGUUAUUCAAGUGUUAAAUAAUAUUGUUACCUCUUCCCUUAAUCCUUUGAUUUACACCUUGAGAAACAAGGAUGUGAAAUUGGCUCUGAGGAAAGUAUUAACUCAAGUGGUCCACAUUCCUGGGGCAUGA